GGAGGACUCCCUUCCUAGGCCGUCGCCGCUGUCGCCUCGCUCCGUGGUGGGCUCCAGCAGCGCCCCGCUUUGCGCCCGCCGCAGGUUUUAAAUCUCCCUUGGCAUGCACAAGAAAGAGGAAGGUGAUCAACAGAGCUGUGGACAGUCUGUGGUUCAGCAGUAGAGCAUUUGCCUUGCAUGCAGAAGGCCCCAGGUUCAAUCCCUGACAUCUCCAGCCCCCUGUGCAUGAGCGUGAGCCUUUAAGAUGUCUCUGGGCGAUGGAAAGAAAGUGAAUACCUCAGCGUUGAGGAAAAUAGCGGUCGACAUGAGCAACUUAAUUGAAAGCCUGGACACGAGGGAGCUCCAUUUUGAAGGAGAGGAAGUGGACACUGACGUGCUGCACGACCCGAAAGCACCUGUGGGCAUUCCAUUCUCUGCCAUUUAUAACACUAAAGGAUUUAAAGAGGCUCAUAUACAGAUCUACCUCACUGGGUUUCCAAUCCGAGUGCGAGUUCUGGAAGUGGAGCGUUUUACCUCAACAACAAAGGUACCGAGUCCACAUGUUUACACCAUUGAAUUGACACAUGGGGAAUUUACAUGGCAAGUGAAAAGGAAAUUCAAACACUUCCAAGAGUUCCACAGGGAACUGCUUAGAUACAAAGCUUUUAUACGGAUUCCCAUCCCUACAAGGAGACACACAGUCCGAAGACAGACCAUCAAAAGGGGAGAGGCCAGGCAAAUGCCAAACCUACCACGCACCUCUGAGAACAUGGUCAGAGAAGAACACCUGUCCAGUCGAAGAAAACAACUGGAAGAUUACUUAACAAACCUCUUAAAAAUGCCCUUGUACAGAAACUAUCAUGGAACGAUGGAAUUCCUUGGUGUAAGUCAGCUGUCAUUUAUCCCUGAUCUUGGACCAAAGGGCAUAGAGGGCAUGAUUAUGAAAAGGUCUGGAGGACACAGAAUACCUGGUUUGAACUGCUGUGGGCAAGGACGGCUCUGUUACCGAUGGUCAAAAAGGUGGCUAGUAGUGAAGGAUUCUUUUCUCCUGUACAUGAAGCCAGAUAGUGGAGCCAUUUCCUUUGUCCUGCUGGUAGAUAAAGAAUUCAGUAUAAAGAUUGGCAAGAAGGAGACGGAAACAAAAUAUGGGCUUCGAAUAGACAAUCUCUCCAGGUCACUGAUUUUGAAGUGUAACAGCUAUAGACAUGCUCUCUGGUGGGGCCAAGGAAUAGAAGAAUUCAUUCAGAAAAACGGCAAGAACUUCCUCAAAGGCCACAGAUUUGGUUCUUAUGCAGCUGUCCAAGAGAACACCUUGGCAAAGUGGUAUGUGAAUGCAAAGGGGUACUUUGAAGAUGUUGCCAAUGCCAUGGAAGCAGCCAAAGAAGAAAUUUUCAUCACAGAUUGGUGGCUGAGCCCAGAGAUAUUCAUGAAACGGCCAGUAGUGGAAGGCAAUCGCUGGAGAUUAGACUGCAUUUUGAGACGGAAAGCUCAACAAGGGGUGAAAAUCUUUGUGAUGCUCUACAAAGAAGUGGAGCUUGCUCUCGGCAUCAACAGCGAAUACAGCAAGCGUACCCUAAUGCAUUUGCAUCCCAACAUUAAGGUAAUGAGGCACCCAGAUCAUGUGUCAUCAACUGUUUAUUUAUGGGCCCAUCAUGAGAAACUGGUGGUCAUUGACCAGUCCAUAGCUUUUGUUGGAGGUAUUGACUUGGCUUAUGGCAGGUGGGAUGACAAUGAGCACCGACUGACUGAUGUAGGCAGUGCAAAACGAAUGACAGCAACCAAAUCUGCAUCUACGAUAAACCUCUCCUCUUUAGCUGAACCUGAUCAACAGCCAACCAUUGGCCCUCAGUUAGAGCACCAAGUGAAGCUGCCAUUGCAAGAGAACACUGAUGACACUCCAGAUCCUUCGAGGAUGAAAGGAAUAGGGAGACCGAAGAAAUUUGCCAGGUUCAGCAUCUACAGGCAGCUCCACCGGCAUGGCCUGCACCACGCAGACAGCGUCAGCAGUGUAGACAGCGAUUCAAAUAAAGGCUCAAUCCGGAGCUUGAAGACAGGGGUUGGAGAGCUUCUUGGUGAAACCAGGUUCUGGCAUGGAAAGGAUUAUUGCAACUUUGUCUUCAAAGACUGGGUUCAGCUUGAUAAACCCUUCGCUGACUUCAUUGAUCGCUACACCAUGCCAAGGAUGCCAUGGCAUGACAUCUCCUCGGUGGUGCAUGGUAAAGCUGCCCGGGAUGUGGCUCGGCACUUUAUUCAGCGCUGGAAUUUCACAAAGAUCAUGAAGCCCAAAUACAGAUCCCUUUCCUACCCUUUUCUAUUGCCAAAAUCUCAGCAGACAGCUGAUGAGCUAAAGUAUCAGAUCCCGGAGGCUGUGUGUGCCAAUGUGCAGGUGCUCCGCUCGGCCGCUGACUGGUCUGCUGGGAUCAAGUACCAUGAGGAGUCCAUUCAUUCUGCUUAUGUAAACGUGAUAGCAAACAGCAAACACUACAUAUAUAUAGAGAACCAGUUUUUUAUUAGCUGCGCUGAUGACAAAGUUGUGUCUAACCGGAUUGGUGAUGCCAUUGCACAGCGUAUCCUCAAGGCCCACAGGGAAAACAAACGAUGCAGAGUCUACGUAGUAAUUCCACUGCUUCCAGGAUUUGAGGGUGAUAUUUCAACAGGAGGAGGGAACGCACUGCAGGCAAUCAUGCAUUUUAACUACAGGACCAUGUGCAGAGGAGAUAAUUCGAUCCUGGGACAGCUGAAAGCAGAGAUUGGAGACCAGUGGAUUAAUUACAUUUCCUUCUGCGGACUUCGAAACUAUGCUGAGCUGGAAGGGAAGCUUGUCACAGAAUUGAUCUACGUUCACAGCAAGCUCAUGAUUGUUGAUGACAACACAGUCAUCAUUGGCUCGGCUAACAUCAAUGACCGCAGCAUGCUGGGAAAGCGAGACAGUGAGAUGGCCAUCAUUGUGCAGGAUACGAACACCAUUCCUUCCGUGAUGGAUGGAGAAAACUACGAAGCUGGAAGAUUUGCUCAAUCUCUCCGCCUUCAGUGCUUUAGAGUUGUUCUUGGCAAUUCAUCAGACCCCAGUGAUCUGCAGGAUCCUGUUUGUGACAAAUUCUUCAAGGAGGUGUGGGUUGCAACAGCUGCGCGCAAUGCCACUAUUUUUGAUAAGGUUUUCCGAUGUCUUCCCAGUGAUGAAGUAACUAACUUAGCCCAGUUACGGGAGUUCAUCACUAAACCGAAGCUUGCUUGCGAGAAUCCUGCUAAAGCAGCUGAAGAACUCAAAAAGAUCCAUGGAUUUCUAGUCCAGUUUCCCUUUCGUUUCCUGGAUGAAGAGAAUUUGCUUCCCUCUGUUGGGACAAAAGAAUCUAUGGUGCCCAUGGAGACUUGGACUUAAGAGGAUCCAGCUUGAGGUUUUUUUGUUUAUUUUUUAAAAAAGACACACACACAACAGAGUUCUUUGGAAAUCUAUUGAAGGGGCUGUGGUUGCAUGGAAGCUUUGUGCCAUAGGAAGAAAAGUUUGCACCGAUCCAAAAGUGCCUUUUGAUGGCAGAGUUUCAGAGAAAACAACAUACUGAAAAUGCUGAAAGCAACUGAUAACUGACAAGUUUUGCUCACUGAUUAAAUGAAGACUAUGAUUAAGCAACCUGCGAAGGAGGGGAAUCGCAAGCCACUUUCUCUAAAGACCACAUAUCAUAUUAUUCCACGCAUGCUUUCUCCACUUGGCUGAUGGCCUCAAGUGGAAUUCAUAAACUCCUUGCCAUAAAUAACUGGGAUUAAGGCAUCUGUUUAUCCCAUCCAUCUUUUAUACCGACGAAUGUUUGGCAACCACCAAGGCCACCACUUAUAGGAAGUACCUCUUGUGCCGGGAGAAAUGAAUUUGCAUCCAUGUGUCUGGUUUAAGAGCAGCACACUGAACACUUAGCUAUCUGCUGUGAACAUCCAUGUGCUGUAAAUGUAAUUGUUGCAUCUGUGGUGGUUGGUAUGCUAUUUUAGUAGGUUAAAUCUUUGAUCCUAGGUUACCUAGCAGAGCUUCUUUUUCUUUUUUUAGAACGCAUUUGUUUUGUUCUGUAAAUUGGGUGACAAGUGUUAAGAAAACACUGUACAAUGCCCCUUUGAGCCUGACUGUGAUCACUGUCUAUUGAGUAGGUUGUAACAGUUUGCACAGAGCUUCUCAGCUUUUUAGUACUGUAUUUAGAACAAGAAAUACUUCUAGUCUUAGAGUGCCUGCAUGUGUCCCAUUACAGCAAUAUGUGUUGGAACAUUCUGAGGCAGUGCUCAUGCUCAGUACUAAAUAGUUCCCACUGUUUUAUGUACUUGGUUGCAUAAAACAAAAAAAAAGCAUUUUACACAGUGGAUUGCAAGGGUGUACAAUCCCCCAGGAACAGGGGCAGAGAACUGGUGGACCUCCAAAUGUUGUUGGACUCGUAACUCCCAUCAUCCCAGGCAGCAUGACAAAUGGUCAGAGAUGAUGGGAGUUGUUGUCAGAAACAUCUGGAGGGCACCAGGUUGGAGGCUGGUCUAGAAUAUUUACAACCAACCAGUGUCUGGAAACCGCAGGAGGAGAGAGUGCUUUGCACUCAGGUCUUGCUGGCUGGCUGGCUUCCCAUUGGGACAUCUGGAUGGCCACUGGGGAAUAGGAUGCUGGACUACAUGAGCCACUGGCCUGAUCCAGCAGGCUCUUCUUAUGUUCUUUAGUGGCCUGUUUAGUCUAGCAUCCUUUUCACACAGAAUGGCCAACCAGAUGCCCCAGUCUGAAGCCCACAAGCCAGACCUGUGUGCAAGAGCACUCCCCUCCUGUGGGUUCCACCAACUGGUAUUCAGAAGCAUACUGCCUCUGACUGUGGAAGCAUAUAUUCUGAUGCUACAAAUGCUACAGGGAUGGUUUCAGAGUUUUUGGUCUGGUUAGGGAGAAAACCUUUUUUGUCGUCCCCCCCCCCGGAACUAUAACAAUCAUAUAGCAGAGAAAUGUACCCCUUAGCAUGAAAGGUUUACAAAAGUAAAAUUAAGGCAGAAGGACCAUGGCUCAGUGGUAGACCACUUGCUUUGCAUACAGAAGGUCCCAGGGUCAACCCCUGACACCUCAGUGUUAAAAGGAUUAGGUAGCAGGUGAUAGGAAAAGACCUCUGUCAGAGACCAUAGAGGGCUAUUGCUAGCCAGAGCAGGAAAUACUGAGGGAGGCAGACAGAUUGUCUGACGUGGGCCAGCUUUCUGUGUUCUUAAAAUUCAGUACUUGUUAGUAGUUCAGUGUUAUGAACUGCAUGUGUUUUUGUGGCAGAAGACUAGUCACACUGAAGCAGGGACAGCAGUUUGGUCCGUUCCUCUGUCCUCUGAGAAACUGUUUAUUAUUCACACUUGAGCAUCAACAGGGUCUACCCACACAUUAACGUUUAUUUAUUUAUUUAUUUUAUUUUAUUAAAUUUAUAUAUCGCCCCAUAGCCGAAGCUCUCUGGGCGGUUCAUAACAGUCAUACAUCAAAUACAAUAAACCACAUAUUUAGACAAUUUAAAACAACUUUAAAAUUUUUAAAUUCUUAAAAAAGUUGUUAAAAACAAUUUUAACACAUACUAAAAUGCCUGGGAGAAGAGGAGAGUUUUGACCUGGCACCGAAAAGAUAAUAAUGUUGGCACCAGGCAUACCUCAUCAGGAAGAUUGUUCCAUAAUUCAGGGGCCACCACUGAAAAGGCCCUUUUUCUUGUUGAUACCCUCCGAGCUUCCCUAUGAGUAGGCACCCGGAGGAGGGUCUUCGAUGUUGAGUGUAGUGUACCGGUAGGUUCAUAUCGGGAGAGGCGUUCCAUCAGGUAAUGUGGUCCCGAACCGUAUAAGGCUUUAUAGGUUAACACCAGCACUUUGAACCGGGCCCGGAAACAUAUAGGCAGCCAAUGCAAGCAGACCAGAAUCGGUGUUAUAUGUUCGGACCGCCGGGUCCCUGUUAUCAAUCUGGCCGCUGCAUUUUGCACGAGCUGCAGUUUCCGAACCGUCUUCAAAGGCAGCCCCACGUAGAGCGCAUUGCAGUAAUCUAAUUUAGAGGUUACCAGAGCAUGAACAACUGAAGCGAGGUUCUCUCUGUGUACACCUGAGGCUAUAAACUGAGGGCCGUAGAUAAUUGUUCUGCAAAUACCUAUAUUAUAUCGGCAGUCUCAUCAGAGAGUUGAGUUUGGUUGUGGUUCCAUGUUGACCCAGGUUUGGCACACCCAGGUUAGUUGCUGUAUAAUGUAUGCAACAUUAUAUUGCGCUGUUCAGCAAUAGGCAAAAAAACAACAGAAUCCUAGGAUUGUGGAGAUGGGAAGGGACCUUAAGACCUGUCCAGUGAAUCCACUUUCUGUAUAUCUGGAACAGUUCUAACAAAGUUUUUUGGAGUGGAGGUUGCCAUUUGCUUUUCUUCAAUCCCACCUCCUUUCUCCUAUAAAUGACAAUUCUAGCUAGUUUUGAAUUAAAACUCUCAUCACAUUGAAGCCAAACUUCAGUUUGCAACAGUGGGUAGUGUACAUGGCUAAUUACCAGAAGUGGUGUCAUGGCUUGUCAAAAGUCAGCCUAUAAGGAAAUAAACAAAGCUAAUGGACCCAUUGCCACCACACAAGACAAGAUGAUGCCUUCCUCCUAUUCCACAUAUAGAAACCAGCUACACUGGCAGCUUAAUCUUAUUUGGAUGUUGGCAAUAUAACAGUGUCCUCUAUGAGCAGCAAGCUAUCUGAGAAGGUGCACGGCUGGAUGUGUGGCACACCCAACUGUGUUCUGCAACACCUGUCCAUCACCUCCCACCUAGCAUCUGCUGCCUGGGGCAACUGUCUCAUUCUGCCCAAUGGUACAGCCAGCCCUGGAUCUGGGACCUACAGUCAUAAUGGAACACUAAAAUGGGUGUUCCUAGCAGUGCAGAAGUGUGAUACCAUUCAGAAGGGAAUGGAGCCUGCAAAGAAAAGGCAGCCCUAGUCCAUCUAAGCCCCUUGACCCACCAAAGCAUGCUUCAUGGGUUUUUCAAACCCCAACUGCAGUUAUAGUUUAAAACCUGUAGUCUUCCUCCACUUCUUCUAGGUUUGUUUCACUUAUCUGCUGAGCAGUGAUCCUCAAGCCCACUACUGGUAGACUGUUUCAGAGCUGCACCAAAACAUCCAGCUUUUUCUCCAGGCCCCAAAAUUUUGAGUUUUUAAUGGGUCAUGGUAUGUAAAAAAACAAUUUAGACAUAGGCAGCAGCCCCACGGGAAAGCAUAAUUUCUUCUUCCUAGCUCACUCUUGCAGAAACAAGCUUGAUAGGAAGAUUGCAUGGAUGUGCCUGGAGCUGGCACAGCAACUGACCCUGGAAUUACCUGAUACCAUCAUAUGACAGUGGGGCCAGUUCAGGAUCCAGCAAAUCCCAGGCUGGCUCAGCCCCUCCCCACAACAGGGUGCCCCUUUUUGAGGCUUUCUGUGGGCUGCCAGCACUGGCACCUCUGCCUGCCUAUUCAAAAGGUAGGGCUGGGGCUUUUACACUCAGAGUGGUACUGGCAUCACUCCGUGGGUGGAAGCCAGCAGGGCUAGGCAGGGGGACGCUUCUGCCCAAUCCACAGAGACCCCAAUGCCAGUGUUAUGAUUAAAAAGGGAAAUUAUCUGUACAGUGUUGACUUUGCAACAGGCCUUAAAGUCCUUGGUGAUGCAUUGUAUGUUAACAUUUUUGUUGUCAUAGUACAUCAUAGUCCAAUUUAAGCAGCACUUCUAGUUACUGAUGCAUCUCUGACCACAUGAUGAUUACCUGGGGCACCCCCAGUCAUACUGGAAGCCAGAAAGAGCAAACCUGAAGGAAGCUGCAGUUCGUGUCCGUGGGGAACUGCUCUCUUGUCCAAAGUCCAGUGGCAAUGGUCGGUAGUAUUUAUUUGAGACCUGCCCAAUUACAGUCUCCAUCACUGAUGGUGGUGUUGCUGCUUCAUUGCCAGUCCUACCCUAUCUUCUUCUGGAGAGACACAGGAAAUUGUUACUCACGAUAUGCAUCUGUCCCCUAAGAAUUAGAUAAAUGAGGUUGUACUAUAUCCUUUAGCUUUAAAAGAUUGUGACAGGGUUUUUUAUAGACUUGCACCUAAAACAUAACUGGCACCUCUGUUUUCGUUUUAAGCACCUUGUUGUCUAUAUCAUAGGCAAUUUCAUUAGGCAUAGGACAGUCUAGUGCUUUACAUUAUGCUGAUAAAUAAGAAACACUUAACAUUCCUCAAGGGCAAGCCAGCUGCCCAGCUUAGUUGCAAGUUGCUUCAGUGCCUAGCAUUUUAUGUUGUUAAUUCAUAGCAUGGACAGAAAUCACAUGCGUUUUUUAAAGUCAGUGAAUCGGAAGUCUGUCUUGAUCUUUCCAUAAUUUAUGCACAGCAGCCUUUUAGGAGAGAAACUGAAUGGCUAAUGUGCGUCUCUGUAAUGUACUGUACAAUGCUUAUGAUUUCUCAGGAAGCAUCGGCUUUUUAAAUUCUUUGUUGCUGCUGUUUGCGGUGAACUUUGAGGACGACUGGAUUGUGGGAAAAUCAGGUCGAUGCAGAGGACUACUGCAUUGUGAAUCUUUUGUUGUAGAUGGAAUGGGUCACCUUAGUGGGUUCAGUUCAGCACAUACUAUUUUGCAUAAUGCCAAUAUUCCAGGUCAGGGGUCGCCAAAGUGGUGCCUACCACUACCUCCUACAAUGCCCAUGAAAGGUUUCAGUGAAUAUCCCCUCAAAAAAACCACAAUACACAAGGCACUUUGUUCUUCCUGCUCAGUGCCUGUUUGCCUUGGCGCAGCCUCUCCUACUGUGAAGCUGUCAUGCCACUCUCCCAUGCCAGCCAUUUUGGCACCCACAGCACUUUCUGAAAAUUCCAGAAGUGUCCGCUGGCCCAAAAAGGUUGGCAGCCCCUCUUCUAGGUCAUGCGUGGCCAAUAUGUGGCAUGGGGUGCAGGGAGCAAGGACAGGAGAAGAGCAAGCAAUCCUGCCUGCCUUUCCCAUAGUGCACUGCUGGCUGCUGUCCAGGCUGAGCAGACUAGAAGCAAAGCCACAGUGAGGCAUUGAGUGUUAUCACAUUAUCUCAUUCUUUGGCAUUAUCAUGUCCUUUGGACUUCACUUGUGCAGCACUUGCCCCAAAAGGUUUGCCGCUACUGUAAUCUGGGCUGUGAUUGUCGUGUGAGUAAUUUGGAAAUUGUAGUUAUUAUAGACUAUGUUGCUGAUGCUUGCUUUGUAGCCUGAAGGCCUUAUAGUGAAUACUGCUGUAUCAGGUGCACUAUAGAAUCACUAAUGUCAAGAGUCUAAUUUAAAGAAUUAAAUAGAUUCACCAUACGAAAUGACAGAAGCACUAAGUUUAGAAUUGCAAAGAGAAGUACAGGAUUUAUUGGCAUGCAUCUAUACCUAUGUGUUAUAGAGGAGCUUGACUAUCAAGAUAAUAUCCAUCGAUAGACUACUCCUGAAUGGGAAUGUGCUAGAAUUUCACCCAAUUCAGAUUUCGCACCGAAUUCCCAUUAAUUUGCUUAUUCUCUAGCACUGCAGAUGAGAUUUUUAUGUAGUGAUUUUCCACAGCUAUUUUCAAAAAGAGCUUUUUAAAGAAAAAAUAUACCUCUAAAAUACCAAUAUUAAGAACCAUAAUGUUAUCAAUAUUUCCUUUCAUAUCAUAGAAUCAUAGAAUAGUAGAGUUGGAAGGGGCCUUUAAGGCCAUCAAGUCCAACCCCCUGCUCAAUGCAGGAAUCCAAAUCAAAGCAGCCCGACAGAUGGCUGUCAGUGUUUCCUUUCAAAAAAUUGAUAUUUCCUUUCAAAAUAUCAAGAUUAAUAUCAAUAUUUUUGCACGGGGAAAAACAGAUUGGUAAAAGCCAUGGCUAGCAGACAAAGGAUGAACUUGAAUCAAUACCAGCCUGUUAGGUUGACCCGAUGCUUUCGAUCUGGCACCGCCCAGCAGUUCCCAUCCCUAUUCCUGAAUUUGGCUGGUCCUUUGGAUCAUUCUUAUAGGAGCUGCAGACAGUCGUCCCAGAGAGAAUUUACAUGGCUCCUAGACAAAUGUCAAACUAGACUGUAGAAUUCAUGCCCAAUUUAUAGCCAUUUAAGCUUAUAUAGUUAAUUUGCUUCACAAAGCUCUUCUUUCUCUCGUUAACUGUCUGUUCUGUCUGUUACUUUGCCAUGAAUUAAUGAUUCCAAAUUGUAGUGGCUUCCAACUACAGGCAGGCCCCGCUUAUACAGCAGGUUCCGUUCCGGACUGCCACCGUAAAGCGGAAAUUGCUGUAAAGCGAAACCCAUUGAAAAUAAUGGGGCACAUUCUGCGAAAAUGUCGCAAAAGCGCAAAAAUGGCCUUAAAACGGAGAAUUUCCCCUCAUUGAAAGCCGCUGCAUCAGCAGAAUGCCGGAAAAUGGAAUGCCGGUAAGCGGGGCCCUACUGUACAAACCUGCCAUAAUUUAAAUUUUAUUUUAUUAAAAUUGAUCUAGAAACAACUCUGUAGCAUUGGAUUCCUUGGAUAUAGGUGCUUGUUAUUUCGCAUUAAUUUAUGAAGGCUUCCCUAGAGGACUGUUAGUCAUGUCAUGGCAAACUUUCUGGCUGUGGUUCUGUUCAGCUUACUUACCCAGUUCAGACUUAACUCUUUCUCUUUCUCGACUGACUACCCACAAUCAGUCAUGCCUUUUUACUUUUUUACCUUUUUUUUUUUUACACUGAAGUGUGUCUAGACCAUUGGUAAAUCACUCCAGUUUGUGUAACCUUUCUGGAUUAGGCUCUUAGUGUUUUGUUGACUUUGAAUUCUUCCUGUUUCCAUCUAUAUACCUAUUCCCUUGUAAGGAUGGGGGAGAAAUUUGUUUUGGUUUGCAUUUUGGUGCAAAUUACCAUACACAGCAAUCCUUUGAAAUUCACACUUCUCUGAAUUUUGCUAUGCAAUUCUCCAACCAAAUAAUGUGUACAAAAAAAGUAUAUGAGAGGAAAGAAUGUAUAAAGAUGCAUAUAUUAGUGAUAGCAUACAAAAAUGCAUGCAUUAUGUUAGGGGAAACCGCUUACAAAAAUGUGUAUAUUAGGAGAAAUGCACACUCAAAUGCUUUAAAAAGAAUCACAAAUUGAUAACAGAAAUGUGGCAAACUAAAUUUAAUAUUCGAAAUAUGAAGAGCGGUAAGAAACCAAAACUGACAGAUUGUUCAUCCCUAUUCCCAUAGAGACUUAUGAGGUGGCCAUUGGUCCCAAUUUGCUGCGUGAGAACCCCAUGAUUUUUCCAGCCUACCAUGCCAGUUACUGGAGGAUAAGCACUAGCUGUGUGCAGGUGCCAUGUGUCUUGGAGAGGAGCUAUACUUCAUUUCAGGCAAAAGGGUCCAGGUUUGAUCCCUGAUAUCUGUAGCUAAACAGGAGAGCUCUGCAAGUCAGAGUAAACGAUUCUGGACUAGACGCAUCAAUUGUAUAAGAUAGCUUCAUGUGUUCAUGUGACUUAGAAGGCCUUGGCUUGCUGAACAUCAUGUGGAUAUGCCCCAUCAUGCUAAGAAUGCAGCUGGUAGAAGGUCAAUUGUAUCAUACAAUUUGUUAUUCUAAGAAGUUCAAUGGGUGCCAUACCCUUUGCUCCUGCUUUGGAACUGCAAGAAUCACUUCUGCCCAUGCACCAAGGUUACCUAAAAUGUUAUGCCUACUGUGCAAAUAUUUAAAGAAAAUGGUAAGAGAGGCUGGAUCUGACAUUUGCCAUGUUCAGUAAAAGCAGACCUUUUGAGAGAAUCUGUAAACUUGACUCCAUAUUUAGGGAAUGGGCAGCUGGGAUCUGGAUCUGGCCAUCAAGUUCAAUUUUUUUGUGCACUGCUAACCUUAUUAUAACAUAAAUGGGGUGUUGCUGGUCAGUAGUGGAUGGUACUCUUUGGAACUGAUAGGGCAGAAGGCAGUGAGGCCAACAGUAGCUAGAUCCAGAGCAAAUGACAGGCAGAGCCAACUUAUUCCAGUUUUGUCUCCAUCCUCCUCCCUGCUGAGUUUUACAAGGGCAAUGCUGAUAGUUAGUGCCACCCCUUGGACUGGUUAUAAAUAAGAAAUCAGGUAGGUGGGGGCUGGCUGAGGGCAAUCUGAGGUUGGUGGGACACAGUCCCGUAGACCCUAAUGGACCAGCCUCCAGUAUUGCUGGUUAUGACCUCUGAAUACAUAAAAUAAAUGGUUUAGGGCAAGGUUAUCUAAAGGACCUCCUUCUCUCAUAAGAUCCUACCUGGUGUUCGGGUAUUCAACAAAGGCUGUGCGUCAUGUCUCAAAGCUUCCCGAGGUGCAGCAUAUUGGUACACAGAUGGUAUAGGGAAUCUGUGGCCCUCCAGAUGUCACGACUUUUUCAUCCCAUCAUCCCUGACCAUUGGCCAUGCUGGCUGGGGCGCAUGGGAGUUAAGAGUUCAACAACCUCUGAAGGGUCACAGCUUCCCCGCUACUGGUGCACAGGACAGGGUGUUCUUGGUUGUGGCACCUGGACUAAAAUUCUACCCGGAGAGAUUUGUCUGCCUUCCACUCCCUGUUGGCAUUCAGAUGCCAGAUGUGGACAUGGCUAUUCCAUUGUGCAUUUGGCAUGAAUAAUAAUGCACAGCAUUUUUUCUUCCCUCCAUUGUAUGUUGUAAGUUGGCUACUCUUACGAUGGUUUAUCUGCUGUUCUUUAUCUUUCUGUGCCACAUAAUUGAUUGUUAAUUUUUUUCCAACUUGUUAUUAUGGCUGAUUGUUACCUUCCUUGGGGGACCCAAAUGUGGAUGGAAAGAAAUAUUUCAGUUAAUAAAUAAAGGUGUGUACUUGUAUAUCCAGGAAGACACCAUGUCCCCACUGCUGCUAUCAGUAGCGUCACUGCUUUGGGGACCUUCAUGUAAACAUGCCCAUCAGUGCUGUAACUGAUAACGCUUUUGAUGCCUGGUGAAUCAGGAAUCCAUGAGGCUGAAGGACAAAAGUCAGCAUCGAUUGAAAUAAUCCUGCAACCUGCACAGAAUCAGAAUGAAAACCAAAGACAAAUGGAAUUCAGAGGUUCUUUUCCUCCUGACCGUUUAAGGAGUAAAAAAAAAUAAUGCUUUCUUUGUUUUCCUGCAGUUGUUACUGGUCCAUUUGCAUCAUUGCAGUUUCUUAAAAUAGAUGUAGACACUGAGAAUAAUUGUAAUUUACUUGUCUCCAUCCUUGACGCAGAGAUAAUGGAAGAAAAACAAAGUUAGCUUUUUAAUUGGCUGGUCAAAUCACUUUCACAUAUAUGGAGUGUUCUCUGGAUUAACCAAGUGGUAAGACAAGCCGGUGAUUUUUCUUUCAGAGGGGUUGGAACAAUUCUAAAUAUCUGUGCAACUACAUGAACACUGUGAAUAUGCUUUCUGUGAAGGAUUCAGCAUUGUCCUUUUUUUCUUUUUUCUUUUUUCUGUUUUGAAGUUGCUAGUCUUACUAAUGGCUGCUUUUAUCCUUUUUUCCUUCUGUAACUGGGAAUAUGUCAACUGAAAGUGUAACUAAAAUGUAAUGUAUCAGAAAAAAAAUGCAUCACUGGUCUUCAUUUUGAGAGUCUCCUCUUACUUAAAGCAAGGAUAGGGAGCUUUUUUUUUCAUUCUGUUCUGGGCAAACUCCCAGGGGCCACAUGCCAGUGAAGAAAGAGGGUGGAGCAACCAAUAUUUGAAUCAUAAAAUAGUAGAUUUGGAAGGGGCCUAUAAAGGGCCUGUCAAUGCAACCUCUGUAC